CAAGAAAUCUAAUCCAGACAGCCAAGAAUUUGAAUUUGAAUGAGAAACCCGAAAAUAGCAGCUGUCUCCGCAUAAUUGGAACAAAUGGAAGUUGGAUAUGCGGCAGAAAAUAAAACAGGGAAAACAACUGGGAUGUAACGGGACACUAUUUGCUGACAGUUAGAAUAAUCUGGGGAGAGCCGUGCCAGGCAGGCUGUUGUUUAGAGGCAGGCAGCUUAUAGUUUCUGUCAAACUGGUGCUGAUCUCUGAUCUUGCGGGUCGCAAUUAUGUGCCCCCCUACUAUUUCUCCUCCAUCCCUUCCCGUUGCCAUCCUCCCCUCUAAACCCCCUUUGGACUCCUAAGCAGCAUUUAAUUGUGAGGGGCUGAGCCGGGGAAGAAGUAAUCAGAUGAGAAAGGAAGCAAGGGGGGGAUCACGUGGGUAUACAUUGGCUAACGGGGGGGAUUAAUAACACUAGUUCAGCUGCUCUGCCGGGCACAUAGGAGGUGGGGGGGAAAGGAGAGUGACAGAACGAGGGAGGAAAAGAAAGUAAGGAGAGUUGCAAAGCCAAAGGACGACAAGAUGAGAGCAGCUAGUAGCACUGAGAAGAGACAGAGAUGGGGAGAGAAGAGGGUAAUAGAGAAAGGGAGUUAGAGCAGUGAGAGGGAGUGGGAGGAAGAAAGAGCCAGGAGAGGAGGCAGCGCAGCGCAGUGUAGGGGGGUGGUAGAGAGACAGGGAGAGAGAGAGAGAGAGAGAGAGAGAGAGCGCGCGCGAGAGAGAGAUGUAGAGACAGGAAGCCUCCACUGCUUCUGAGCCAGUGAGACGCAGGCAGGCGGAGAGAGAAGACGGAGCGAGAGAGAGAGAGAAAGAGAGAGAGGCCCUCCAAGGCAUCUCCGAGACCAGCCCAACGAGGGGAUGAGGGGCUCAGGAGCACAACAACAGCAAGGAUAGUGGGAAGAGAAGAAGAAACGGAGGGAUAAGAGAAAGGUUGGUUUUUCGGAAAACGGCUUCAGUGGAAGAAGGGGAGUCGGGUUGGUGGGUGGGAUCUGAAAUGAGGAGGGGAAGGAGCAGAUAAAAGUUUUGGAGAGGGAGAGAGAAGGAAAAAGGAGACUGAAUAUAGUCAGAUAGUGUCAUCAAAAAGACAGGAGAAGAUUCAUGGAAAAAGAGGAUGAAGCUCUGUGUCCCAGGAGUCCUCCUGUUCGUCUUCUUUUUCUCCUUCCGUCUGUGAGGCUGCUGGACACCAUCCAUCACCAUGUUCUCUGACAGCAGAGCUCCAGCGCCGGGGGAGCAGAAAGGCUUCAAACCCCACACCCCUCACUUCAUCCCCUGGCUGCGAAAUAGUCUGAAACCCCACCAAAGCGGAGACAUAGGGCUCAACGGACAGUUCAAAUCUGGCUCGGAGGCCCGCAACAACCUGACCCCUCUGGAGAGAGCCAAAGGCAUUGGGUUCUUCUCCAUCCAGGGGAAGGACCGAGCCAAGAAGGGUGAGCUUCGGUGUAAUGGCGUGGGGAUGGCGAGGAUGCUGCCGGUGGUGCUUAGGGGGCACAACAUCCUGCAGGGGAGUCUGGGAAAGCAGAGGGAAGACAGUCCUGCAAGGUGGAACCAGUCUCCAGAACUGCAACCAGACCCAAGCACCCAGAUCAGUCCAGAGGAGGCGCCGCGAGAUGCAAGCAAGGGCUCCACGAGGAACCACAGUGGAAGCCUUCAGCCGCAGAAUGACAGGGCCAGCACCAAGGUUAGGAAAUAUGGGCCGCUCGUAGGACCACCACCUGCGCCUGCUGCUGAAGAGAAAAACUGUAAAGUUCCUGUGGUGAUGGGCACGGAGGACAGAAGCAAGAAGUUAUGGGACUACAGCAGCAACACCACUUACCGCCACAGAGACCUGCAUUCCUCCAGUUGGGUUGGCACAGACAGGCCGGGGCUCUUAGAGAGGCAGCAUGGCUUCACCUCGAGCUUCAGCUACAUCAAACAGCAGAGCAGGAACUCGCAGAGCCAGAGAGACCUGAGGGAACCACCUGUGGAGGGUUUCCACAGGCCACUCAAUGGAGUCCUCUUCUCCACUGAGGUUCCUCAGAGCGGCCUGGGCUGCACCACGACACUGCAACGACCUAGGAAAGCCAGGCAAAGCUUGGAGCAUAUCUCGAUCCUAGGCCAGAAUCAGACGUGGGUGCAGUACAGGAAGAAGAAUGGAGGGGAGUCGCAAAAGACGGAGGGAGGCUGCAGCAGGAAAGUGGUUCGAAAACAGAUCAAACGAGUGGUGGAUAAUCUGGAGCAGGUUCUUACAGCAUUGAGGGAUGUACAGCAGGAGAUGAGAGAGGUGGUGCAUCAGAUCGACUAUCUCACCUCAUCCAUUGAUCUGAAUGAGGAGGAGCAGUGGAGGACUGAAGGAGACGACAGCGACAAGCCUUCCAGCGACUGCAGCUCCGGUUCAGGUUCCAGCUCUGGCGAUGUCAUGGUGGGAAGCACCAAUCAGAGACCUUCAGGGAGACAACACCAGCCAGGAGUGUCAGUCUCAUCUGGCACCCUCAGGAGAGAUCAUUGUUACAGCAGGAGCCAAUCUCCGCCAAACGCUCUGCUGUGCCCAAGUCGUACUCUUCGCUUCACCUGCAGUCUGGGGUCUUCUCCCAGACGAGGUGGGCGCAGUCUUUCUUCAUCAAACCCUCCUCAUCUGCAAAACCAUGCCUCAAAUGACCCUAACAUGUCUCCCCAAAGAAUCCUUCCUGUGAGGCCUCCAACUCCUGGUCUUUCCCCUUUGACCAUAAACCUCCAUCACUCCAACAGCCCUUCCUCCCAGCCUCACUCCCCUGUACCUCUCUCCUCUAUCAGGGUCUCCCCUCCCUCCACUGUGUCUCUAAAUCCUCCCCCGCCCUCCAUCAACAACCCUUCUGUCAUCAUAGAGAACAAAGUUGGGGAAUAUGAGACGCCAAAAAUCGACAACCAAUCUGUCCAAUCUCCAUCCAUCUGCCCACCCACAGACCUAAAAACUCAACCUGUUUCUGAUACCGACAGAGAGAGGCGAGCAUCCUCAGCAGGCCCCGUUCACAGAACCUCAGAGGCUAAACUACAGACAGGACAAUGCCGUAGAAGUCGCAAGCCACCGCCGUACCCCCACCACAGGCUUUCUGAUCCAACAGAGAAAGUUAAGGAGCCCCGCAAAGCUCCCCCGUACCCUGAAAAAAGAAGGCUGCUCUCGACCACAGUGUGAGACAAUGCAGCAGCAGGAGCAGGAGGCUGAUCGAGACGAAGCCAUAUACACAACAACCAGCCACAAGUCGGCAAGAGUGGAGAGUGAUUUAAGGCUCGUCAAGAUGAGCUGAGACCAAGUUUCUAAGGUUACAGGACGUAACUUGGGGUGAGUAUGUCAGGAUGAACAGCUUGGCUCUGCGGACAUCCUCCUAUACAAAUCUCUUGAGU